CAACUCUUUGUUUUGGGCCGGCUGUGUUGAUGUACGAAAAUCUUAUACUAUAAACAGAACUACUAUCUCUGCUUUUGUAUGAAGUAAAGACGAAUGUAAUUCUGCAUUCAGAAAGAAUAAAAUGUUUGAUUCUCGAACUAAGCACCGUCCACCUUCUCCCCAGAAAAUUCUUUGGUUUGAAUUUUUAUUGAACCCAUUGCUUUUAGAAAAACAUUUAACUGAAGGGGGUACAGAUCCUAGUCCAACUGAUUUAAUUAUCAAAUUUUUGGCUAAUUCUAUCAGUCAGCCUGUGGAUUCAGCUGGAAAUGCAAAUAACAAUCAACACAAUAAUUCAGUUUUAUCUUCUGGUGGUAUAUUAGGUAACGGUGUAGAUGAAGUUAGCUCUGAUUUUGAAUUCUCUAAAAGUGCUAAAGAAGAAAAAGAGAGCAAAAAGAAGCUAGCUCUUAAGUUGCUAGCUCUAAAGGUUGCUGCAUAUUUGAAAUGGGAUUUAAAUUUACUGGAAAAAAAGUUACCAUUGACGAUGCAGCAAGCGCUUCUUACUGAACUACUGAAAAUUUGUAGUAACAAUCCUAAUAUUAAUGAAAUAAGAUAUGACGAUAUAACAACUGAUGCACAGUUUGCACAUAUUUUAUAUAAUAUCUGGAUCCUAAGAGCUGUUGUUGAAGGUAGUUUUCCUACCAAAAGUCAGAAAGGCCUCAAUGUUCAACUUCCAGGUCAAGUUGAUCCAGCUAUUGUAUCUCCAGCACUAACUGAAUCAAUAAUGCGGAAGUUGAAUGAUGAGACUGAAAAAUCAUGUGCAGUGUUAGAAGAAAUUUUGAAGCGUGAAUUACACGUUCGAAUGCCUUUAAUGAACUGUUUUGGUUCAUUAACUGAGGAAUGCCCUAACCCCAAUCAUAAAUGGGAUUUAGGUUUAGAACUAAAGUCUGAUGAUGUUAUUUGUCAGGUAUCAUAUGAUUUAGGACGCUUUUAUUUUUUUCAAGAAAAAUAUAGAAAAGCAAGUGAACAUUUCAUUCGAGCAUCAGACUUGUACUCAAAACUAAAGACACCAGUUUUUUGUCAGCUGAAUGUUUCUAAGCUUAAAGGUUUCUAUGAUGCCUGUGCUCAUAUUCUUGGCUACCAAACUUCAGAUUCAUCAACUCCAUUAAAGGAAACUCUACAGACAUCUGUGAAAGAAGGACAUACUAGGACCAUAGAAAUUUUUAAAACUGACAAUUUAAAACGAGAAUUGCCAUUAUCUCUUAGAGAUGCUGUAGAACUGAGUGUUCUACAAGAACAUGAAGGGAAAACAGAUUUGCUACUGUACAUUGUAUUUUCCAAUGCCAUUAGACGUACAUUAAGUGGAGAAGUUAUUAUUAGCAAUUGGAAUACAUUAUUCAAAUCACACGAAGAAAAAUCAUCAUUAAUAUUGUGUGAGUUGCUGAAAGAUGUUAUCCCAAGUUCUACGCCUGAUAUGAAACUUUACUUGAAGAACUUUGCUAGGUCAUUGUGUUUGUCUUCAAUACCUGCAAAACAGUUAAUGAAGAAAUAUGACAAAUACUUAGCAAUGUUGUUUACAAGCGAAGAACUGGAAACAUUGUUUGCUUAUGGUCCUACUGCAAAGCCAAGUACCGUUUACAAAUUUGAUAAAAGUUUUACAGAUGACUUUAGUGUUCAGAUUGCUGCUUUUGAAAGACACUUAUUAACUUGCACUGAAGCAGUGAAUAUAAAACAACUUGUGAAUCAGCUAAGGGCAAAAUAUAAUCAUCAGCAUUUGUGGACGCUUAAUAAAAAGUGGGAAUCACCUCGUCCUGUUAGUAUUUUCUUGAAAAAUGUUCCACCUAAUAUUGACCAGGAAAUGAUACACAUCUUAUUGCCAAAAGCUGCGGAACUCCGAGCAAUCAAGAAAUAUGGCGAAGCGCGUCUACUGUAUCAAAUGAUCCACAGUGAAGUCCGUAAUGCAUCCCCUAGAUUAAGUCGUUUUUUGAAUUGGGAACUUUUACGUUUGGAUUUGCUUGAGGUUCUUGACACUCCAGUGCACAUUUGCCAGUCCUCAUCUUACAGAACUGAAAUAGUUCAACGAAUAUUAUCUUUGUUAGUUUCAUAUAAAAAAGAAAGAGAAGUACCUCCAGAUCCGAAUUUAAUGGAACUUUGUUCUGCAGUUCUACUAAAUUUUAGAGAGUGGGAUAAGUUAAUUGAAGUUGAUCCUAAAAUUGAUGCAUAUAUUCAGUUUGCAAAAAUUGUUGCUGCAGUCUGUAAAGAUGUCCUUAGUAAAAGUGCAAGGAAUGCUUCUAAAGAGCUUUGGGAUAUAAUUUUGCCAAUAUUUAACAAUCCAGUUUCAAAUCAACAUAAGCGUUCAGCUUCUGGCAUAGCAAAAGAAAAUCCCAGGGAAGUUACUCAAGCAGUUAUGACAAGGGUUCAACUGCAGCAGUUCAUUAAAAAACUGAAGGAUACAUUAGUGUUGGGGAUAAUUAUCUCAUGUCUGGCUAAAUUUUAUAACAUCUUAAAAGAUGAUUCUGUAGGAGAAAUAUUUUUAGAACAUCAGGGACUUUGGCCCACUAUAAUAACAAAUUCUAAUGUUUUCAACAUGACAGCUGUGGGAGAAAUAUUUCAAAGUACAUUACAUCAUGCUUUAAAUAUACAUCCUACCCAUACUGCUUGGCUUCGCACCAAAGGGGAUGUUAUGUAUGUUCAAGGCCAUUACUCAUGUGCUUUAAAGUAUUAUAUAUCUGCAGCUAUGGUCAGUAGUGAUUUUUUCAGUUUACCAUUGCCAAAAGCAAUAUUUGAUGACUUACAGUACAAGCACAUGAUCCAUUGUUGCACAAAACUGCAAAAUCAUACACAGGCUUCUAUACUUCACCAGUUCCUUGAAGAGCCUAAUUAUUCUAUGGCAUUUAAAGCAUUAGGGGAGAGAGUCUGCAAUGACAGCUGUGAUACAUACUAUCCUUGUAUAUGGGAUAUAACACUUCUUGAAUUUCUUGUUCAUCAUCAUACAAAGAGAGGAGAAACAGACUGCCGUCAGUAUGUUAUUCGUUUGAUUGGCCAGUUAGAGCUUAAUUCAAAUAAUAACGAGGAAAUACAAAGAGAAGCAGCAAGUCUAAGGAAGGGUUGGUUUUUGAGAGCAAUGGCCAAACAGUAUUUAUAGAAGAGAAUGAAGAAUCAUUUCUGUAAAUAUCAUUGUAAUAUGCCAUUUUAUAUCAUGGAAUUAAAUAUAUUUUAUGCUUUUCCA